UCUCUUCCCACGACAAGCAGGCCUUCUCGAUUCAUGCAGAUGAUGAGACUGUCUUAACAUGCCUGGUGUCAUAUGCACCGAACUCCGAAGUUUGCAGGGUGCAAGAGCAUUCAGAACAAUGCACCGAUAACACCUGCUGGACUCUGCGAUUUCCUCCUACCUUCGAAUUGGGCCUCUCCUAGCCGUCGGAGCAGCGGAUCCUCUGCAUCCCUACGUACGCGAGAUGUCCAUUCUGUAGAGGCCCUUUUUCACGAGGCGUUAUCACGCGCGAGUCACUGCCAUGCGUCCAGGCAAGUCUCGAAGAAAAGGGCACAAUGCGGCUCAGGAAAUGCAGGGCUUGCAGCGGGAAAACCCUCGCGAGGAGGGCAGAUAAGCAGGCACACUCCAAACUCAACAUCUUCCCGAAAUCAUUAUAGGAGCAUGAGUACGACUGGCCGGCCUGAAGCCAGACGCAAGAGUGGUGAUCAUUUCAAAGAUUUCUUUGAUACCAAUGCCUUCGAGUUCGCGGCGAAGAGUCGUCUGCCAUUGGGAUUCUUCCAAGACUUGAAGACGUUACAGGACCAUAUGGAAGAGCUGAAAGAGGAGCCAGACCAGGAGGUUGCAAUCGAACCACCAACCCACCUCGAGGAACAGAUGCGCCUGCUCAACUCUGUCAGGAAACUUGAAGACAAGCUGGCGCAGAUGAAGACCAAAUUGGCAGAGUCAACAAAGAAGACGUCUCGACCAGUCAACCAGUCCUCUCCUGCAACCGAGGUGGUAUUGACAAAAGAUGACUACACAAGCUUGGUCGACCUGUACUAUUAUACCCACCACAAGCGGUUUGAUCCCGAAUCUCCAGAUUCAUCACCAACACCUAUGCUCCUUGAAGAUUACGCCUUCAAGCUCUCGGAAGAUUUUGCACCGCCACAGGCCUACGCCGAAUUCUAUAACGAGGACGAAGACUACAGAUCCCCUUUGAAAGAAAUCGAGGAAAGAAUUUUGUCCCGGCAGCUACGCGAGGUCAGUGUUACGCAGAUCUUUGUGGACCUUCUACUCGACGAUGCGUCCAGCAAUGCCGAACUUUUCAGAGCUUACAGAAGAUUGCCGCAACCAGGAAUGGCAUUCUUGCCGCGGGGUAUUGUAAGACUCUUCUUGCAACGAAUGUCCACCCCGUGGCAAAAGAGCGAGAAGUCUAUGAUCAGAUAUCUCUCGCUGAUUGACGAUGCGCAAAGAGCAGACGUUCCCAUCACACGAUCAGAGUGGGCUUCGGCUAUAUAUCUAGCAGGGCGGUCAUUCAACAAGGUCACGCAAGCUGAAGUCGAUUCGGCUUUCAAUUUAUGGAGACGAAUGGAAAAUGACGCUGGCGUCAAAGCCCAUCAUGUUACUUUCAACAUUCUCUUUGAUAUUGCGGUCCGGGCUGGCAAAUUUCCUCUAGCGCAAAUGGUCCUGAAAGAAAUGCAUGAUCGUGGGUUUCGCCUCAACAGACUUGGCCGCGUUAGCGUCAUUUAUUACCAUGGGUUGCGAGGUGAUGGCGACGCGGUCCGAAAGGCUUACCGAGAUUUUGUUGAUGCGGGUGAAAUCAUCGAUACGCUGGUCCUCAACUGUGUGAUUGCAUCUUUAUACAAUGCGCAAGAACCCACAGCAGCCGAGCAAAUAUACGAACGCAUGAAAAGUCUGCAGGAGAACUUGCGACGAGAGAAAAGAGGCGACCGUCACAGCAUGCUGUAUAGACGGUACCCAGGUCCAGGAGGGGAGGUCAUCGAGCACGAACUUGCUGCCAACCACCUGAAUAGGAUAUUGAUCAAUGCAUCGAGGCUGAAGAAUCAAUUUCCGGAAAAUCACCAGCAGCUGCAGGACGCGAUGCCACUUACACCUGAUCAUAUUACUUUUCGGGCCAUGAUAUCUCACCACGUCAAUGUCUCUGGAAAUCUUCAUCGAAUAACGGUCUUACUGGAUGAAAUGAACACCCUGUUCAACUUGCCAUUACAGAGCAUAACCUUUCAGUUACUGUUCAAAGGAUUCGCCUUGCAUGGCGCAACUCGCGAUCCCGAUGCCUCUUGGAGUCAGGAACGACUUGACAUGGUUUGGAAUACAUGUCGAGAAGCGAUGAAAGCUGGCCAGACCGCACGAAGAGGCAAGAUCUCCAUGGACACAGAGCCUACUCUGCCCACCGCCCAGGCUGUCGACCAAGGAUCUGAAACCAGUUCUACCGAUCACCCCAGUAGACAGGUAUCUUCGCAACCAGUUGGCUUCAAGAAGCUAAGCUCGUGGAACGAAUUCGUGUUGGAUCUGGCAAUUUUCCCGCGUGAACGACGUAAGCACAUCGAGCGCAUCCAUGCGGAACUCUUUGAUGAGGAGAUGGAGGAGAAGAAAUCUCUCUUCAAGUCCUCCGGCAAGAAGUCCCCACCGCAGGGUCAACAGAUGUACUACCCACUCGGGAAUGCCAAGUUCGAUCAAGAAGAAGGCGAAUACGUCCUCCCUUCACCAAGUGAAGUCAUUGAUCCUGCGUUCGAGCAGCACCACAAGUACGAAUCGCCUUUGUUCCCGGAAGACUUUACUCAGCAGAUGAACAACGAGGAACCUGACACGUCGUUGAAUCCCGGUCAAGAGCCACAUCCGACGCAGCCAGAGUCCAAUGUCGAUCACCAAGCGCAAGCGCAAGAGCAAGAGCAAGAUCGGCAGGAAAACGAUGAAGACUCGAGAGACGCACGUCCGAUCCCGGUAAGCUCAAAACACCAAGUCCAGCCGACGAGGACGUUGAUAUGUUGGUUGCUACGUGCAUAUACUGUCUGCACUGGGGACCGGAAGAAAGUAGAAGAGGUAUGGCGCUCGGUUCGCAAGUUGUGGAAGACACCGGAUCAGCAUGAUCGGGACAAUGUGGCCAGGGUGCUGAGGCGCUGUUUGAGGGACUGUGAUCGGUAUGGGCCACCUUUAUGAAAAUAUGGCUAGAACGUAGAUAUCCAGGUGCAUUGUUAUCCUGUACAUGAGUAUGGCUUAUAUUAUAUUGUAUGAAAAUUAGGUCCUGAAUUUGUGGUUGCCAUCACAUUUGCAUCUCCGGCG